UUACGUCGCGACGUGCCCACGCUGGUUUACGUUUGUGUAAACGCAGCCAAUCCUGAGCCGUGUUAAGGGACAGUCGGUGUGGCUGUUUUAGGAUCCUGGAGGAAUAGCAAAUCCCGGCCCCGGAUUAAUCUCCUCUCUGCGGCGUUUCCUGUCCGGAUCCCCGGAGAUGAACAGCGUCGGGGAGGCCUGCACGGAGCUGAAGCGGGAGUACGACCAGUGCUUCAACCGCUGGUUCGCGGAGCACUUCCUGAAGGGGGACCGGAGCGGGGACCCGUGCACCGAGACCUUCCGGAAGUACCAGCGCUGCGUGCAGAAGGCCAUCAAGGAGAAGGACAUCCCGAUCGACGGGGUGGAGUUCAUGGGGCCCAACAAGGACAAACCUGAGAGCUGAUGGAGCGGAGGAACUGGUUCUGGUCCGGUUCUGAUCUGGAUCCGGGGCCAUGAGGCCCGCAGCCGGCAGCUGACUGGACCAGCGGGUCCCUGGAGCUUUGGGUUGUGCUUUAGGAGGCCUCUCACACACACACACACACACACACACACACACACACACACACACACACACACACACACACACACACACACACACACCUGGACUGGACUGGACUGAACUCUGACCUCAGCAGGUUGGACUGCAGUUGACUGAGUCCAGAUCCUUGAGGCUGAGCGGGACGGGGUCACGGUUCUGACCAGAUCUCUGUUUCCGGUUGAUUUUCUGCAUUAAAAUAUGAAAACUGAUAUUUUUGUGCUUUUGUUGUUGCAGCCUGCUCAUCAUUUCACUCACAGCUUCAACCCGAACCGCUGAUCGGUUCAGAGAUAAAUGCAUGUUGACGGUUCUGAUUGUUUGUAGGUGAAUCUGCUCAGAUAAAUGAGUUUUGACCUGAAGGUCUGACGCGCUGCGGUCUCCAUGUCGACACGUUUCCAUCCCAGCAGGGGAAACAAAUUCAUUUUUUAGCCAUAUUCAGAUAUUAUCUCAAUAUUUGUUUGAGGUGUUUUUGUUGUUGCAUAAUAUGUAGUUGAUGAAUAAAAUUCUUGAUCAAUCUUUA